UCAACAAUCAGAUGAAAUGAUGCGAUAGCUCCAAGUAUUUUGUCCAUACAUUUAUUUAGCAAUUGUACAAACUAAACUAAUAGAAACAAUAAACUUUGGACAAACAUAUCUAAGAUCUAAAAAAUCAAAUAAAGAAAUUAUAAACAGACAAAACCAAUCUUAAAUAAACCAUUAAAUAGAUGCAGGAGGCUCAAUACCAGCAUCUCCAAUAACCAUAACCAAAACCAAAAAAAGACCCGACUCCUCGUUAACCCCUAUUGCCCAGUUUAAUUUUAGAUGAAUUGAGAUUCAAAUUGAUUUAUCGUGGCAUUACAGUCGAGUAAUUCGCUGAAAUGCUGGAAGGUCUAAAGUAAUAAGCACGAGAAUAAAAUGUGACAGUUAAAGUCGAUGAUUUAAGACAUAUCUUUGCUCAGUAAAUAAAUUUAUACUCAUUAUAAUUAGAGAGCCCUUUGCAUACACAGAUCCAAACAAAGUACAAUCCAUAUUAAACUCACUUAAUGGUCAUGGCAAUUAGUUAGUAGAGAAUUUGAAAUCCCUUAUUGGAAAUUACAAGACUUUCAUGAACUUUCCAACAUUUGAUUUUGAAUAAGCCCAAAUUAAGAUGAAGGCCUAACUGAAACAAAACGAGAAGAAGAUACAAGAGUUUUGGAACAAGCAAAAAAUAAAGGGAGAUGUAGUCACCAAAUCCGAUGUUCGAAAGAUGCUUAACUCCCUUUCUUUAAAUUGGUAGGAACCAGAGAAUCUCUUCUAUUUCCUAUAACUAUUUGAGAAAUCAGGAGAAGAUCUAUAACAUAUCCCAAUAAUAGACACUUAUGAUCCAUUUACUAUAGAUGACCCAUCACAGUAAAAUCAAAUGACUGGACACUAGAAUAUGAGGAUAUCAGAAGAAUCAGAUGAGGAAUUAUUUGACAAAUAGAGUCAAGAUUAUUCGCUAGAUGAGAAUGCCGUAAAGAAAAAGAAAGAACAAGAUCAGGGUAUUGUAUUCAGAGAUGAGGGUCACAUUGUUUAACAAUAAGGACAGUAAUAACAAGAGUUUGAUAAAGAGGAAAAUGGAGAUGAGAAUGAAAAUUAUAAUGAAAAUGAGAAUUAAGAUGAGAAUUACAAUGAAAAUGAAGAUGAAAAUUACAAUGAGGAAGAGGAUCAUUAAUAGAAAGGUUCAGAAUUAGAUAAUGGAGAAGGGAAUGAUCACUAUGAAUAGGAUGAAUAUGAGUAGAACGAACAGGAUGAAUAAUAGGAGGGACAUCAGGAAAAUGAGCAAGAAGAUUAGAAUUAAGAAAAUGAGAAUAAUAAUCACGAAGAAUAAUAAAAUGAAUAUGAAAAUGAAGAAUUUGAUUGAUUUAUUUUAAAAU